AUGAAAUAUAUUUCAAAUAUUAAUUUAUUUUUAAAUUUUAAUUUAAUUAUUUUUAAUUUCAUUUUAAUUAUUUCUCCAAGUUUUUCUUCUCUUUUUUGUCCAUAUACAGCAUAUCCUUCGUCUGAUAAUGAUUUUGAAAAAUUGCGUGUAGAAGUCCAAACCCUUGACGACCCAAUUCAAUUAGGUCAACCAAUUUAUCGUUUAAAAAGAGCUGCAUCUAUCAAUCUUGACUUUGAUGAAAAUAUUGGGAGUGAAGGAAAAGACGGAUUUUAUUCUCCUAUUGGAGAAAAACCUUUCCGUUUAUUUACUCGUGCUUUGAGUUCAGAAUGUCCAAAACGAGGGUGUUUGCAUGAAUUGGCUUUGGCUGAACCUAGAGUUCCCGGUUAUUAA